CAUUGAAAUGAACACUUGUUUUGGUCCGUGAAUAUAUGUGUAUUUCGGUGUGAUUUAAAAUUUUAAAAUGUUUCUAACGCGACAAUGCACAAAAAUACAAAAGUGUGCAAGAAUUCUUGCCUGCAAAAAUUUUCUCACCAGUGCCAAUUAUUCAACUGUACCAGGUUCUUGUGAAAAUUAUGAUUCCGUAAGAUCAAUUUUAUACAUCAGAAAAUGUAAGCAAAACAUUAAUGCUAUAAAAGCAAGAGAGAAUGUAGCGCGAUAUUCGACUGUUUAUAAGGAACCAAAAAAUUCACAAGACUUAUUGGAAAAACUUAUAGCUGGACUUUCGAGUGACAUACACCAGAAAAAUAGGGUUUAUAAGAAUGAUCUUAUGAGAGUCAUGAACAAAGUGAAAGAUCUAAGGUUUUCAAGUUCAAAACAAGGCCUCUUGUUGAUCAGAUGCUGUGGUGAAUUGUUGCCAGAUGAGGCACCAGCGGCGAGAAUGGCUCUUGUUGAACAACUUUGGAAUAUUUUAAAGACUCACACGAAAUUUGAAGUGGCUCACUACAACGAGUUACUAAGGGUGUACAUCGCCAAUAAGAGGACACUGACAGCCAGUAGUUUCAUCAGCCAAAUGCAUCCGGUUGCACCUAAUAUCACCACUUAUGAACUAAUUUUAAGAGCUCUUGGGGAGGCCGGAGAUCUGAAUCAAGCUACAGAAGUUAUAUCCAAUAUGAAGGCGCAAGGUUUGCCAGCCACAGAGAGCAUAUUCAACUCACUGAUCAUUUGUCAAGGAAAAGCAGGAAACGUGAACAACAUCCAAGAAGUUUUAUCCAUGAUGAAGUCUCUCAAAUUCGAAACCACUGUUGACACAUACACGGCCGUGGUCCGAGCGUUGGCCUGUAAUAAACAGCCAGCGCAUAUGUUCAACGAGUUGGACAAGGGCGUCAGAAGUGGGGUGAAGUUUGAAGAGGCACAUAUAAUGGAGAUUGUGAAGACUGCGGCUGAGUUCGGAUUGUACGAGACUAUUCCUAAGAUACUCCGAUACCUACCCGAGGAGACACUGAAGACUCCUUCGAUAUCUCCCUACAUGCAGAGUGUAUCCACUACAUUGGUAUACCAGAACCAUCCAAUAGCAGCAUUGGAGAUUUACAAAUGUCUACCGUUACCGUCCUUUGGCCCGAAGGAUGACAAGGGAUUGCACGGGAGGAGUCUCGUCAGGGAUUGUGUCAAGGCUUCCAUUCCAUCCAGCAUCAUAGGACUUAUAACUCAAGAACUCAUGGCAUCCGGGCGUAACCCCAUUGCAAUACAAAACGCUUCAGAAGCCGCUUUACAGCAGGGGAAGGUGCCUCUAGCCCUGGACAUGUUCAUGCGGAUGAAGCAGCUAGGGUUGCCUCUCAGACCGCACUACUUCUGGCCGGUGCUGUUACAGAACUCUAAGAGCUAUGGGGAGAAAGGCAUAAUGAACACCCUAUCAACAAUGCUGUCGAUGGACGUAAAACCGGAUUACGAGACGAUAAUGAACUACGCGCUGCCGUACGUCAGUUUCACGUCACCUCAAAACCUGAUGAAGAAGUUCCAAGAAGCGGGUCUUCCGAUCAGCUCGGUCUUGACGCCUAUGAUGGAGACGUUACUGAACACGGGGCAAGUCAGGGCCGCGAGCGAAAUAUGCGAGCUAUUCAAAGGGAAAGUAGACGGCGAAAAGCUCUUAAAACCACUGCUUAAAGGUUAUCUGACAAGUUCAGACGAUGUGUGCACGGUACAUAUACUAGAAGACAUAUUAGGCAAGGCAUCAGAUAGAAGUAAAGAUUGGGUAGGCCGGUUCCUGUGUGUGUUUAUGCAACAUAAGAAAGUUCAAGAGGAUAUUUCUGACUUCAAGAAACUGGUCAAUGUGAUAUCAAAACGAAAACUCAAGAUAUCUACUGCUGCGGUAGACUUCUGCGUCAGUAGAAUACCUGAUAAAUACAACAAGACCAUCGCCGAAUCCAUUAGAAACGAACUUAUUGCUAUAUCGGACGAUAGAAUCGUGGAUGACGGAGAACUGUUUGUACAACAGAUGCCACACCCGAAACAUAUGGACGAAGCGUCACUCCGUGCUCACUUGAACGAGUUAGAAGCAAAAGGUAUGAACACACGAGGGGUUCUCAGAAAGUUGUUGCAGUGUUACUGUCGAGAGGGGAACUUACAAGCGGCCAAGCAGAUUGCGGAACGGUGCCAGAGAGAAGGGGUAUUCCUAUCAGCUGGUAUGAAAGCGGCCAUCUUUGACUUACACGUGAAGUUAGGAGAGUUGGAACAAGCGGAGAUAGCUCUUGCAGACUUGAACAAAACCACGCCUAACUUCAUUCUGGACGAGUACAAGAUAAUAGAUUUGGCGACACUGAUGGUUUAUAGGAAUAAGAUUCAACAAGCUAUUGAAUUGAUCAACGAACAAUCGAAGAAAAGGCAUGUUGUUGGAGGUCGUGGUAUACAAAUGAAUUGUUGGAGACUGCUAGACGCCACCGCAGCCCAAGGUUCGCAUAUAGAGACGAGAAAAAUGUUCGAACUUCUAACCUCAUUGCGAUAUUGUAAGGCCAGUAACGUCAUACUGGGGCCACUUAUAAGAGUACACCUGAAAAAUGGCAACAUUCAAGAGGCGGUGAACGAAUUCGCGCACAUAGCGAAAAAAUACAACAGCACGCCGCUGAAACACGAAUUGCUAUGCGCCAUAUUGCGCGCUAUGGGCGCUGGUUCAGAAGAUAACUUCAUAACUAAUGAGAAGAAUAAUGGAAGAUUGAAUAAACUGGCUCAGAAUGUGCUGAGUGUUGAUCGGCAGGUGCAUGGCGCUGGUGAUGCGCAGUUAACUCUGAUAUCAGCAUUAGCCGAAGUCGGUUACACGAAGACUUUACGCAAAAUGUUCCUAGACCCGACCGUGAAAUUCCAUCCGGACGCACUCCUGCGCCGCUGCGAGAGAUUCGCCGACGAGAAGAAAGCGCAAGCGCUUGAAAAUAUAGCUCAGUGUGUACGCGACCUUAGGCAUGUCGACGCUGAGGAAAUAUACGAAAUGAUACUGAGUAUACACCAACGUGAAGACAACUGCGCCGGCGCACUAUCCCUCUUCAACAAGAUGCAAGAGGCGGACGUUUUGCCUUCACAGAAGUUUAUAAGGAAUUUAUGCGCGCUCCUCAAAGCCAACAAUACUCCCAUACCAUCGGAAUUAUCAAUUUUGAUCAGUGAAUCUAAAAAAUCUGUUGCCAGAGACGUAUAAUAUCAACAGUAAUUUGGUUAGCUGUUAGUUGGAAAACGUAAUUGAUGAAGGAUCAAAUUUCUGUGAUGCUCAUAGAGUUAUGUGUUGUACAGGCAAAGUUAUAUAAAUGUGCAUGUUCUCACAAUUAAUAAAAAUAUGUAUUAUUUCAGUAGCACUUUAUGUAAUAAGACAUAAAAAAAAUUGUCGUGCUCUGCCGCGGAUUUUACCAAUAGUACUAAAAUUCUUUUUGACUUCUCGCUAUGCUGAGAUAAUUGUUUGUGCGUUGUGUUAUAUAUUUUUAUUAUUUUAAAUUAUAAGAGUAGCUUGUAGUGACAAAAUCUGUGAUAUUAAAUUAUUGUAUCAUUGUCCGUUAAUUAAACUUUGUUGACAAUUUUA